UGCGCGGGGCGGAGCCUCCAUAAAGGGGCGCGGCGGGCGGGCUCAGGCUCCCUGUCGGUGCCGAGCAUGGUAGUGGGGGUGCCGGCCGCCCGUGGGCUCCUGCUGCUGCCGCCGCUCCUGCAGCUGCCGCAGGUGGCGCUGGGCUUCGGAGACGGCAGCUGCGACCCCUCGGACCUGUGCCGCCGUCCCCGCAGGUGCCCGCCCCAGGCCCGCUGGAGCAGCCUGUGGCACGUGGGGCUUAUCUUACUCGCUGUCCUUCUGCUGCUGCUGUGUGGGGUCACAGCCAGCUGUGUCCGGUUCUGCUGCCUCCGGAAGCGGGCACACACCCAGCCACACCUGCCAGCAACACCUCAGCCUUGUGGCCUGACGGUCAGCCCUACAGACAGUGACAGCCCGGUGCACAGCACUGUGACUUCUUACAGUUCUGUGCAGUAUCCGCUGGGCACGCGGCUGCCUCUGCCCUUUGGGGAGCUGGACCUCGACUCCAUGACCCCUCCUGCCUACAGCCCGUAUGCCCCUGAGCUGCCACCCUCCUACGAAGAGGCUGUCAAGAUGUCCAAACCCAGACAGGAAGAGCCACCCUCCUCUUAGUAACCCAGUCCUCUCCCUGGGGCCUGAGGCCUAGAGACAUCAGCAGGGCCCCGGGAGCCAGGCUCCAGUGCCCAGCACCCCUGGCUGUAGCCCUGGUGCCCCUCAAAGGCAGAGGAAGGUCCUCUUGAACCUCCCAGUGCUGCCAGCCACCCCGUGCUCAGAGGGACCCGGUGCGAGGGCACUUGCAGCCGGGGACCCCCCAGCACACCCCUACCAUCCUUCCCCAGGGAAGGCUGGCCGUCCAGCACAUUGCUGCAGCCGUGGCCUCGUUGCUAUGUAACGCCAGGCAGCCAAGCCAGCCGGCCUCGUGUUGGACACACACACACACACACACACACACACACAGGCAUGCACACGAAGGCUGCUGCAUUCAGCCCUAACCCCACAGGCCUAAGCCUCGGGCUGGCAGUGACAACCCCGGCUUUUGGAGACAGAAUAAAAUUUGUCCCUAAGUGAUCUCCCUCUGUAGGGGCUCCGGGAGGGGCCUGUGGGUGGUCACCCCCCUCCCCCAUGCAGGCAGGCAGGGCAAAUGGUAGUCUUCGCCCUGCCCCCAACCUGGCCUUCAGGCUGCCGUCCAGAGCCCAGAGCUGGGCAGCGGGAGGGACGGGCCAUGCGCCAUGCGCCAUGGCUGCCUGGACAAAACCCUCUCCUCUCUCCAGACCCACAUCUCUGUCAGCCCCUCCUUUCUGGGCUGUGGACAGUAAAGCACACAUGAGUC